AUGCCUUACGCCGGGCUCCCCGGCUUCCCACCCACCUUGCUGCUUGGCCUGCUGGCCUGCCUUCCACAGGUUGCAGCCGUCUGUGAUCCCGAGCUCUUCAUCACUGCCACCUUCUCCAUUGGGCUCUUACUGUGUCUGUGUGGCGUGGUCAAGAGCUUCUGCUGCAAAUGCAAGGACCCAGAGCCGGAGAUGGGCCUCACAAUGGAUUAUUGCAUGGACCCACAGAUGACGCACCCCAGACCACCCCCGGAGGAGGUCAGGGCGCCCUUCCCUGAGUACCCACCUCCCUACCAUGAGGUCAUUCGGAGGCCUGACCAGGACCUGCCCCACAGAGAGCCACCCCCACCCUACAGCUUCAGGCCUGAAGGAUAUUGGGGGACAAGCAGGGGCAUUGACAACCCCGCCUUUUGA